AUGGCGUCGCCACCGGAGUCCGGGACGUACAUGCCCGACCUCCCGGCGGUGCCGGCGUGGCUGAACAAGGAAGACAACGCGUGGCAGCUGGUGGCGGCCACGUUCAUCGACCUCCAGUCCAUGCCGGGGCAGGUCGUGCUCUACGGCAGCAUCGUCAAGAAGUGGGCCGUCAACUCCGCCUUCAUGGCGCUGUACGCGUACGCGUCCACGCUCAUCAUCUGGGUGCUCGUCGGCUUCCGCAUGGCGUUCGGCAAGCGCAUGCUCCCGUUCUGGGCUAAGGCGGGGCCAGCGCUGACGCAGGACUUUCUUGUGCGCCGCGCCAUCUUCCCGGCCACGGCGCCCUACGGCCGCGGCGGCGUGCUGGAGACGCCGCGCACCGAGCCAUACUACGCGCAGGCGUCGCUGGUGCUGUUCGAGUUCGAGUUCGCGGCCAUCACGCUGGUGCUGCUCGCUGGAUCGCUCCUCGGACUCAUGAACAUCAGAGCGUGGAUGGCAUUCACGCCGCUGUGGCUGCUCUUCUCCUACACCGUCGGUGCGUUCAGCCUCUGGGGCGGCGGCUUCCUCUACCAGUGGGGCGUCAUCGACUACUCCGGCGGAUACGUCAUCCACCUCUCCUCCGGCAUUGCAUGCUUCACCGCCGCAUACUGGGUAGGCCCGAGACUGAAGAGCGACAGGGAGAGGUUCUCGCCGAACAAUAUCCUUCUCAUGAUCGCCGGCGGCGGGCUGCUCUGGCUCGGCUGGGCCGGCUUCAACGGUGGUGCGCCGUACGCCCCCAACAUAACCGUGUCUGUCGCCGUGCUCAACACCAACGUUAGCGCCGCGACGAGCCUCCUGACCUGGACCUGCCUCGACGUCAUCUUCUUCGGCAAGCCCUCGGUGAUCGGCGCAGUGCAGGGCAUGAUGACUGGGCUUGUCUGCAUCACGCCUGGCGCAGCAACACAUGUGCAUGAAUACAUGAUGGUGCCAUGUUGGUUUGCAUGGCGCAGGGCUGGUGCACACGUGGUCGGCGUCCCGUGGUUCACGAUGAUGAUCCUGCACAAGAAAUCCUCCCUGCUCAUGAAGGUCGACAACACCCUGGCCGUGUUCCACACCCAUGCCAUCGAGGGCGUGCUCGGGGGCGUCCUCACGGGCCUCCUCGCCACCCCGGAGCUCUGCGCCCUCGACUCCCCCGUCCCGAGCGCGAGCGGCGUCUUCUACGGCGGCGGCAUCGCGCAGAUGGGCAAGCAGCUCGGUGGCGCGCUCUUCGUCACCGUCUGGAACCUGGUGCUCAUGAUCGGCGACGACGCGGCGCACGGCGAGGAGGCCUACGCGCUCUGGGGCGACCACGAGAAGUUCGACGUGACGCGCCCGGUGACGACGAGGAUCGGCGGUGCCUCCGGCGCCCCAAGGGAGGACACGGUGGAGCAGCGACUGACCAGCAUGGCUGCAAGAGGUGUCACCAUUCAGCUGUAG